UAAGAGAUAUUUACGUGAACGUGCAGGACUGAGGAAGGAGAAGGGACUUGGACAAAGAAAGCACCAAAUUUUUUUCCCCUGUUGAAACACACAAGAAAACGGUCAUUUACUCAUUGCGCCAGGGGAGGGCUAAAGAGAGUUGUCACCGCCACUCUCCUCGAGAGAGAAGAUAGGUAGUUGAAGAGAGAGAGAGCAGUUGCAGAGGUCAUCAAUGGCGGAAAUUGAAGAAGAUCACUACCUGAUGCUGGGCCUGCCCUCGGGCACAGCAGGCGCCAAGCUAUCUGAAGCCGAAAUUCGCAAGGCUUACAGAGCCAAAGCCCUAACGUCUCACCCCGAUAAGCGGCCCAAUGACCCCUUAGCGGCUUCCAACUUCCUAAAGAUUCAAUCUGCCUACGAAAUUCUCUUAGAUCCCAUUGCUCGCAAAGCUUUUGAUGACUUGCUUUCCCUAAAGCAGCAGCGGGUAGAGAGAGAAACCCUAACCUCUGCGAAGCGUCGCAAAAUGAUGGGUGAUUUAGCGCAGAGAGAGAAAGCUUUUGCCUCUGAAAUGGAGGGUCAAAGAGAGAGAGAGGAGGAGGAUAGGGCUAAGAAGAGGCUUCAAGAGGAGAUAAGCAGGAUUAGGGCAACUCGUGCUACCAAAAACGCCGCCAAUUUUGGUGGUGCUGCUAAUUCUAGUACUCCUGAUAAUUCAGAAUCUAAAUCUUCUGCUAAAUUUGGUGAUGGUGGUGGUGUGGAUAACACCAAGAUUUUGAAGGUUUCAUGGAACGAUUUGGGGGAGGGGUACACAGUGACGAGGCUAAGAGAGGUGUUUGAGAGUUUUGGCAAAGUGGAAGAUGUGCUUAUCAGGCGUCCUGGGUCUAAGAAGAAGAGGUCAGCCCUUGUUGUUAUGGGGUCGAGAGAUGAAGUGAUUGCUGCAACACGAAGUGCGUGUGGGGAUCUCUCAAACCCUUUACUUGUGCUUCCUCUUUGUCCUACUGCAACUAGCUCGUCUGACACUUUCCAGAGCAAACAAGUUGCGCCUGACAAUCAUCCAGAACUCCAUAACAUUGUUGGAGCUGGGUAUCACGCAUAUGAAGAUUCAAUUCUCCAGAAGCUGCAGAAGGCAGCCCAAAGGAAGAAGUGAUGUGCAAACAUAAGAGGCAUAUUCGAAGACCAUUAUCCCACCCCCAGUUUAUAAUCAAGCUUAUGAUAUGGUCAGAGGCGUCUUUACUGUGUCUCUGGCCAUUUUGCUUAAAAAGUUGAGGUUUUGUAAUUGAAGGGGAGGAAAAGAGUUACGUGCCAUGAUGUUGGAGAUGUUUUAUAGCACACCCACAAGAAAUGCUUGGAUGAGUUGCAUUAGAUGCAAGUAAUGGGCCACCGCCUCAGCAUGCCAAUGAAACAUUACAUCUCCUGUGUAAGAUGUAUAUGCAUGCCCUUGAAAGUUAACAAGAUACUUGAUCAUUCAAAGAAUUCCUUACGUAUAGUGUUCGACCUUUGUUUUACUUGAUUUGUUAUGACUGUACAUGAAAAUGAAGUCUAUGAUAUACUUGUGAAAUCAUGAAGGUGUUGAUUCUUGUGUUGCUUCAUUCUAUCA